UCAGGUCAGGUGCAGAGGUGCAGUCAGGCAGCUCUCGUCUGGACCAUAUUCGAGGCUUUUUGUGCCCUCAGAUUAAUUCCUUUUGUCAUCUUGAUAUCAGUUUGUUUAGUUGUAUAUAAAUUUUGUCAGGAAUUGAUGCAAAUUUUAUAGUUGGAACAAUGGCUGCUGUCAGUGAAUGCUUUUCCGUAGGGAGUACGGUGUCCUGUGUCACUUGCUAUAAGAAAGAAAUUGAAGGCGAAGUGUUAGCAUUUGAUUUUCAAUCCAAAAUGCUUGUGUUGAAAUGUCCUGCCAGCAAUGGACGCCCGUCCUCUAACAAUAUUUACAUAGUCAAUCUAUCUUUUGUUAGUGAUGUUCAAGUGAAAAAAGAAGUCAGCCCCAAAGUAGAACCGCCUCAAUCUUUGAAUCUCAAUAGAAUAAAUACUAGAGUUCGAAAUCAGUUAGAAGAAAAGCAACGACUAAUCACAGCCCUUAAAGGUGGAGUGUCAGCAGAAGGCAGGAAAUUAUUCUUGUCAAUCAGCAAAACAAUACCACAAAUAACUUGGCAAGGACCGAAUAUUGUAGUUUUAAAUCAAGUGACGAUAACACCUCCGUACAAGCCAGAAAAUGUCAGUGGAAAAGAUGGGAAGGCACAUCAGCAUAUCAGGAAAUUGGUCGAAAAGUAUGAAAAAGAAAUGCAAGCUGAAGACUCAUUGCACUCUGUGCCAGGACUUUCAAAAACAUCAACCAAUCACCUGGAUUAGUUCUAGUCUAUCAACAGUAAAAUGUAAAAAUAUUUAUUGAUUGAUUUUCUUUUUAUUUUUUUUUUAUGUCUAAUUUUUUUUAUUAUUAUUUUCAUGGGGUGUAGAAUGUAGACUAGGACAUUCCACAUUGCAGGCCUUUUUUACCCAUUUGGGUUUGAAUUACAUCCAUUUUAAAGCCUUUCUAUACAUAAAGUAAUUUGCACCCUACUACUUGGGUGAACUUCUGUACAGUUGAAGGUAAUCAGAUAGUUUGGUUGAUUUGAACUACUUUAAAAUGAGCAAAAGCCAGUCAGUCAAACUGACAGAGUAAGUCAAAACCAAGAUCAGUGGAAGUCAAUUCAUAUAGCCUAGCCUUAUAAAGUUCCAUCAUUUCAACUUUAAGUUCGUGUAAAAGAAGUCAAAGGACUUCAAGCUCUAUAUCAGUUGUUCAAUUUUCCUCCUUAAAUCCAUUUUGUACUGCUAAAAUUAUCAUCCGAGCCCCAAACGUUUGAGUAGCUUUUAUCUGACAGUAACAUUACAUGACAGUCACUUUCUAAAAAUGGAGAGCCCAUCUUUGACAAAAAUGUGUUUGAUUCAGUUAAUAAUGCAGUGACUGCUCGUUGAAGUGUGUGGAUUUGUGCCGAUGGCAACAUCUUAUCCACUUUCGUAGGGCGGUUGUGGUGAAUCGUGCCAACAUCUAGCAUUAUCUUAUUUGUAUUUGUACAUGAACCUGUUAAUUUAUAUCUUAAUUAAGUCGUGUUUGCUAGAACAGAUCAAUUUCUUCUGUUUUGUUUUUUCCAUUUCAUAGUAAGAGGGGAAACUAUUUGAUUGUUCGAUGAGCAGUUGCUUGCACUGAGUCAUUGUUCAGGAAUGUAUAGUUGCAUUCAAUUGUUCAUACAAAAGUAGAAUGAUCUGUUGCAAUGCUAAGGUACCAAUCUAUGCUAUUAUUUAUCAGCCACUUUUUGGUGAAAAAUGUGCGCUAAUUGAUUUCUUUCUGUUCUUUUUCAUUCAUCUCUGUCUCAAUCCCUCUGUUAUUAGUUCAUCCCGGCACAUUUGUUGUUUAUUGAUUACAAUUCAAUCAUUUUGUUUCUUUCAUCCAUGAUUUUACUUCAAAUUAUAAAACAUAUUUUGUUAUUAUAUUUUAUAAGAGGAUGAA